GCCUGUGGUUGGGAAGCCCCAGGUUCUAGGCACGGCCUCGCGCCCCGGCCUCCGCCUCCUCCAGGUCCCUUCCCACCUCCGCCCACUUGACGCGAUGACGCACGGCAGGUUUGCGGACGUGGCGGCGGCGCACGGCACGAAAGGCCGAGACGUUGGCUGCGGCGGUGACGGUCGACAGGGGCAGCCAAAAACGGAGGUUCGGCCAUGAACUGGCCCUGGUCGGCAGCCCCGGCGGCGGCGGCGGCGGCGGCGGCGGACCUGGUAGCCGUCUCCUCGUUGAGUCCCGCCUGCUAACGGGACAGAUUUUGACAUUAUGGCAGGGAGGCAUCAGAAUCGUAGUUUUCCUCUUCCAGGAGUUCAUUCAAGUGGUCAAGUACAUGCAUUUGGAAAUUGUACAGACAAUGAUAUGUUGGAGGAGGAUGCUGAAGUGUAUGAGCUUCGAUCCAGAGGAAAAGAAAAAAUCCGAAGAAGUACAUCAAAAGAUAGACUUGAUGACAUUAUAGUAUUAACAAAAGAUAUACAGGAAGGAGACACUUUAAAUGCAAUAGCCCUUCAAUACUGUUGUACGGUAGCAGAUAUCAAGAGGGUUAACAAUCUCAUCAGUGAUCAAGACUUUUUUGCCCUUAGGUCUAUCAAAAUUCCAGUAAAAAAGUUUAGUUCAUUGACUGAAACACUUUAUCCUCCAAAAGGAAGACAGACUUCACGUCCUUCAUCUGUUCAAUACCUUUCAGAACAACAGCAAGUUUUGUCAGCUAAUGAUUCUCUUUCUUCCAGUGAGUCAGCUGGUAGCUUUUUAAAAGAAGUAGACCGAGACAUAGAACAAAUAGUAAAAUGUACAGAUACCAAAAGAGAGAACCUUAAUGAGGUAGUGUCUGCCUUGACAGCACAACAAGUACGUUUUGAACCUGAUAACAAAAACGUUCAACGUAAAGAUCCUUAUUAUGGAGCAGACUGGGGAAUAGGGUGGUGGACAGCUGUAGUGAUAAUGUUGAUAGUAGGCAUAAUAACGCCAGUAUUUUAUUUGCUAUAUUAUGAAAUUUUAGCUAAAGUGGAUGUUAGUCACCAUUCAACAGUGGAUUCUUCACAUUUGCAUUCAGGAGUCACACCCCCAUCACAGCAGAGAGAAAUGGAAAAUGAAAUUGCUCCAACUAAAGGAAUACCCUUUGGCCCACAAGAUGACCAUAAGCUUUAUAGUCAAUAUUCUCAGUUACCUGCUCCUCAACACAAAACAUAGCAGUUAGUUCAGUUACAGUGUUAGCGAUCACAUGUGUAUCUGGAAUGUGGUGGGUGAAUCAGUUAUAUUAAAUAACCACUUCAAAGGCAGAAUUUAGGGAGAUUGAAGAUGCUUUGUUUUUCACCUUUUUUUGUUUGUUUGUUUUUUGGAGCCAUUUACAAAUGGAUUGAGUAUAAAAUCCCUA